AUGGAUUGGCUUACGCCAAAAUUUGCCGAGAAAUCCAAGUCUCCCAAGGGACGCCCGAAAAUGCACACUGGCGGUUCCACCCGCGGCACAACAGUUGUCCACGGUGAUUACGGGCUCCGCAUGAAGGACCAUGACCGUCGUGUGGCGGCAGCAUCCCUGAAAUUAGGAGAGGAAACGAUACGAAAACGACUGAGAGGAAUGAACUACACUCUAUACAAACGUGUUAGUGCGAAUAUCGGUGUGUAUACAUCCGGAAAUGAAAUGCGUAUGGGUAAGGGAAAGGGAAAAUUCGAUUACUGGGCAGCGAGGAUUCCAGUGAGCCGGAUUGUCUUUGAGUUGAAAGGAGACAUCCACGAGAAGAUUGCAAGGGAGGCUUUCCGAUUGGCGGCACACAAACUACCAGGAAUGUGGGAGUUUGUGAAGAAAGGCGACCCGCCUGUUGUUGGGAUCACAAAAUUGGGCAAUGGAGUCACAUUCGAGAGCUUGAAGCGAGCACGACGAGAGGCUCCGUUAGAUACAAGCAAUAGCCCCAACCCACCCAAAACAGCAUCAACAAGCACUUCACCCACGCAAUAA